AGUGUUGGGCAGCCACGCUCGGCUUCCCCGUGCUCCUGGGACGGAAAAGGCAGCGGGAGCACUGCUUGGGACCAAGAGGGACUUGGGAGAACGAGGAUAGUAGUAGUAUCCAUAGAGCAGCUUAAAGGGAUGUGACUGCCAAUAUCAGAGUCAGAAAACUUAGUUUCUGUUAAGACAGCGUGAGUUUAAUUAAACUAAAUUGAGCUGCUUUGUAAGUAUAGAUUAUUGCGGUUAUGUUCCACACAAUUCUCAGCUGCGCAGAGUUAGUCUAGUGAUGGCAUCUAUUAAGUUGUUGAGGAACAAAAAACCUUCUUCAGGUCACACCACUGACACAACUGCUCUUGAAUUGGGUACUGUGUUUGGGGGGAUGGGUGACAUUAAUGCCUGGGUUCAGGCUUCUGAAGACUUGCUCAACUGCUCCAUUAUUACACUGGCGAUAGGGGUGGUGUGGGAGAAGGGCUAGUCCAGAUCCUCUGGACCCAGAGUAGUUUUGCCUUUCUGGUGAGAUGGCAAGGACAUUUGAUGAGUGUUUCUACAUCACAGUCCAUCUAUCCAUGAGGAAAUCACAGGGCCACAAGGCAAAGGUUGUCUGUGGAAAGGUGUUCUGACCAUGUGAAGAAGUUAUUACUUUUACAGAAUUAAAAGCCAAGUUAUUCUUUCUUUCUGACUCAACCGUGAUGACUUUUUGAUGGAAAGCCUGAGAAAGUACACGUGGUGGGUGCAGAGGGUUUGGAGAUGACAAGCCAACCCGUGAUGCAGCAGGAUUUCCUGACUGGACUUUGACAUUCUUUUCAUGAAAGAGGUUUCCAAGUAGUUGUCUUAUAAUAACUUUGAGAAGAAGUUCUAUGUAGCUCUUACUUUUAAGAGUGCUGCAAAAAUGAUUACUUCAGAUUUGCCAGUACUACAGGAUUCUACAAACGAAACUACUGCACAUUCAGAUGCUGGCAGUGAGCUUGAAGAAGCAGAAGUCAAAGGAAAAAGAAAAAGGGGCCGUCCUGGCAGGCCUCCAGUUUUCUUUGCCCAGUCUGCCACCAAGAAACCCCGCAAGUCUCCAGCAGACAAGGGGCGUUCCGAGUCCGGAACCCGAGGAGUGAGUCGUGGAAGAGCGAAUGGCCACCCUCAGCAGAAUGGAGAAGGGGACCCUGUCACUUUGUUUGAGGUGGUUAAGCUGGGAAAGAGUGCUAUGCAGUCUGUGGUGGACGACUGGAUUGAAUCAUAUAAACAAGACAGGGACAUAGCACUUCUGGAUUUAAUCAACUUCUUUAUCCAGUGUUCAGGAUGUCGAGGUACAGUAAGAAUUGAGAUGUUCAGGAACAUGCAAAAUGCAGAAAUAAUAAGGAAAAUGACAGAAGAAUUUGAUGAGGACAGUGGGGACUAUCCCCUCACCAUGCCCGGGCCCCAGUGGAAGAAGUUCCGCUCCAACUUCUGCGAGUUCAUCGGGGUCCUGAUCCGGCAGUGCCAGUACAGCAUCAUCUACGAUGAGUACAUGAUGGACACGGUGAUCUCCCUGCUCACAGGCCUCUCUGACUCCCAGGUCAGGGCCUUCAGGCACACCAGUACCUUGGCUGCUAUGAAGCUUAUGACUGCUCUUGUGAAUGUUGCCUUAAACCUGAGCAUCCAUCAGGAUAAUACACAGAGGCAGUAUGAAGCUGAGAGGAACAAAAUGAUUGGCAAAAGAGCUAAUGAGAGAUUGGAGCUGCUGCUUCAGAAAAGAAAAGAGCUACAAGAAAACCAAGAUGAAAUCGAGAAUAUGAUGAACUCUAUUUUUAAGGGUAUAUUUGUUCAUAGAUACCGUGAUGCUAUUGCUGAGAUUAGAGCUGUCUGUAUUGAAGAAAUUGGAGUCUGGAUGAAGAUGUACAGUGAUGCCUUCUUGAAUGAUAGUUAUUUAAAAUAUGUUGGCUGGACACUACACGACAGGCAAGGUGAAGUGAGGUUGAAGUGUUUGAAAGCUCUUCAGAGUCUGUAUACCAACAGAGAGUUGUUUCCCAAACUGGAGCUGUUCACUAAUAGAUUCAAGGACCGCAUUGUGUCCAUGACCCUGGACAAGGAGUACGACGUGGCUGUGGAAGCCAUCCGAUUAGUGACGCUCAUCCUGCAUGGGAGUGAGGAGGCUCUGUCCAACGAGGACUGUGAGAACGUCUAUCACCUCGUGUACUCAGCACACCGGCCCGUGGCAGUGGCAGCUGGAGAGUUCCUGCACAAAAAGCUGUUCAGCAGACAUGAUCCCCAAGCUGAAGAGGCUCUAGCAAAGAGGAGGGGGAGAAAUAGUCCAAAUGGAAACCUUAUUAGAAUGUUGGUUCUUUUCUUUCUUGAAAGUGAGUUGCAUGAACAUGCAGCCUAUUUGGUGGACAGCUUGUGGGAGAGCUCCCAAGAACUGCUGAAAGACUGGGAAUGUAUGACAGAACUGCUCCUGGAGGAGCCAGUCCAAGGAGAAGAAGCGAUGUCGGACCGGCAGGAGAGCGCCCUGAUCGAGCUGAUGGUGUGCACCAUCCGCCAGGCCGCCGAGGCACAUCCCCCCGUGGGCAGGGGCACGGGCAAGAGGGUCUUGACAGCAAAAGAAAGAAAAACUCAGAUAGAUGACAGAAAUAAAUUGACUGAGCAUUUCAUUAUUGCACUUCCCAUGUUGCUAUCCAAGUACUCUGCUGAUGCUGAGAAGGUGGCAAACCUCCUGCAAAUCCCUCAGUACUUUGAUCUGGAAAUCUACAGCACGGGCAGAAUGGAAAAGCAUCUGGAUGCCUUACUGAAGCAGAUUAAGUUCGUUGUGGAAAAGCACGUGGAAUCAGAUGUUCUGGAAGCUUGCAGCAAAACCUACAGCAUCCUCUGCAGUGAGGAGUACACCAUCCAGAACAGGGUGGACAUAGCCCACAGCCAGCUCAUCGACGAGUUUGUGGACAGAUUCAACCAUUCUGUGGAGGAUCUGCUGCAGGAGGGAGAGGAGGCUGAUGAUGAUGACAUUUACAACGUGCUCUCCACUCUGAAGAGGUUGACCUCUUUUCACAAUGCUCAUGAUCUCACCAAAUGGGACCUGUUCAGUAACUGCUACAGAUUGCUGAGAACUGGAAUUGAACACGGAGCGAUGCCAGAACAGAUUGUUGUCCAGGCAUUGCAGUGUUCCCACUACUCUAUUCUCUGGCAACUGGUGAAAAUCACCGAAGGCUCCCCUUCCAAAGACGACUUGUUGGUGUUGAGGAAAACUGUGAAAUCCUUCCUGGCUGUGUGCCAGCAGUGUCUGUCAAAUGUCAACACCCCAGUCAAGGAACAGGCGUUCAUGUUGCUCUGUGACCUGCUGAUGAUCUUCAGUCACCAGCUGAUGACGGGAGGUCGGGAAGGGCUGCAGCCCUUGGUGUUCAACCCAGACUCAGGCCUGCAGUCAGAACUGCUCAGUUUUGUCAUGGACCAUGUCUUCAUCGACCAAGAUGAUGAAAACCAGAGCAUGGAGGGAGAUGAAGAAGAUGAAGCCAACAAAAUAGAAGCUUUACAUAAGAGAAGAAACCUUCUGGCUGCCUUCAGCAAGCUGAUCAUCUACGACAUCGUGGACAUGCACGCGGCAGCCGAUAUCUUCAAACACUAUAUGAAGUACUACAAUGACUAUGGAGAUAUCAUUAAGGAAACUCUGAGCAAAACAAGGCAAAUUGAUAAAAUCCAGUGUGCAAAGACACUCAUCCUCAGUUUGCAACAGCUGUUCAAUGAGCUGGUUCAGGAGCAGGGGCCCAACCUGGACAGGACCUCUGCCCACGUCAGCGGCAUCAAGGAGCUGGCCCGGCGCUUCGCCCUCACCUUCGGCUUGGACCAGAUCAAGACAAGGGAGGCGGUGGCCACACUGCACAAGGAUGGCAUAGAGUUUGCCUUCAAAUACCAGAACCAGAAAGGCCAAGACUACCCCCCUCCAAACCUUGCUUUCCUCGAAGUGCUCAGUGAAUUCUCCUCCAAACUCCUGCGACAGGACAAAAAGACUGUUCACACCUACCUGGAGAAGUUCCUGACGGAGCAGAUGAUGGAGAGGAGGGAGGACGUGUGGCUGCCCCUGAUCUCCUACAGGAACUCACUGGUGACGGGCGGGGAGGAUGACAGGAUGUCAGUGAACAGCGGCAGCAGCAGCAGCAAAGCCUCCUCCGUGAGGAACAAGAAGGGCCGACCCCCCCUCCACAAAAAGAGAGUGGAAGAUGAAAGCCUGGAAGGCUCCUGGCUGAGCAGGAACGAGAACAUCCACACUCCGGGGGCACUGCAGGCGCCACAGCUCACCUCCACUGUCCUGAGGGAGAACACCAGGCAAAUGGGGGAGCAGAUCCAGGAGCACGAGUCGGAGCAGGGAUCUGAACAGGACUUUUUACACAAUCCCCAGAUGCAGAUCUCGUGGCUGGGCCAGCAGAAGCUGGAGGAUCUCAAUCGGAAGGACAGGACAGGAAUGAACUACAUGAAAGGCAGGACUGGAGUAAGGCACGCAGUACGAGGUCUAAUGGAGGACGACGCGGAGCCCAUCUUUGAAGAUGUCAUGAUGUCCUCACGAGGUCAGCUAGAGGACAUGAACGAGGAGUUCGAGGACACGAUGGUCAUUGAUCUGCCGCCGUCGCGGAACCGGCGGGAGCGCGCCGAGCUGCGGCCGGACUUCUUCGACUCUGCCGCCAUCAUCGAGGAUGACUCAGGAUUCGGCAUGCCCAUGUUCUGAAGUCUGGGAAGACGUUUUACAAACUUGGAACUCUAUUGUUUAGAGCUAGAGGCCUAUAUACUGUGAUAGCUUGUAUGGAAACCACACUUUUGAUGUGAUACGGUUUGAUUUUUAACCAAAUGAUCGAGGUCAACCCCUUUUUGUGGUGGCGGAGAGAAGAGGAGCUCCUCAGUGACACCCGGGAAUGUUGGCCACUCCAGUCACCUCAGAAGGGCUGACCUAGAGAAUCAUUUGUAUCCCUGUUCUUGACUGUCCUAAUACAGAUUUUUUUUUUUUUUCUGGAUGAGGAGGAAGUUUUAAAUUGUUAAGACAGCUGUCGAAAUAAACACUGUUCUACAUAUGUUUUCUGAAAACAA